AUGGCGAGUCCAGCUUCGCUGGCUACUGAACCAAAAGCUAAGGAGGAACAGAUGGACGAUGCCAAGGCUGAUUCUCCUCCAUCAGCAGCAGAAGAGAAAUCGCAGAGUUCUGUUUUUGUGAAUUCGGAACCAAUUCGAGAGGACCAAGUGCAGAAUGCGGUGAAGUUUCUUUCACAUCCAAAAGUUAGGGGGUCUCCUGUUAUGUAUAGGCGGUCAUUUCUUGAACGAAAGGGUCUUACGAAGGAGGAGAUUGAUGAAGCUUUUCGCCGAGUUCCAGAUUCCAACCCCAGUGCUACAACUUCACCACCAGUUGUUCCAAGUCAAGAUGGACAACUGAAAUCAUCAUUGCCUAUUCAGCAUCAAACAUCUACUCAAGCUGUGCAGCCAGCACCAGUUGCAUCUGCCGGUGGUGUUUCGAAAUUGGCGACCCUUUCUCGUUUCCACUGGUCUCAUGCUUUCCUUGCUGUUGGUUUAUUAGCUAUUUCUGGGGCUGGAUCAGCGGUACUUUUUAAGAAAAGCAUCAUUCCCCGUUUGAAGUCUUGGAUUCGCAAGGUUGUGUUGGAGGAAGAAGAGGGCGAAUCACUCAUUAAAAAUGUAAACAAAAAGCCAGAUUCAGCAGAAGAAGCAGCAGCUGCUGCAAAAGCGGCAGCAGCGGCUGCUGCUGAUGUGGCUCGGGCAAGCCAGGAAAUGUUGGUUGCAAAGACAGAAGAGAAGCGGUACUUCUCAGAGCUCACAAGCCUUUUAGACAUUCAAAUUCGUGAAAUGAAGUCCAUGAGUAAUACAUUACAAAAAUUGGAAGAGAGCAAUAUUGCUCGAGGCAUUGUUCCAGUAGAAAGAGCUGAUAGAACUCCCUCAAUCAAUAAUUCAAGGCAAUAUUACGGGAAUGACAAGGUGGAUAACAACAUUCGGUCAGGGACUUUGUCACCCCCGCCUUCUGUGGAGCCUUCUGUUGCUCCUCAUCCAAAGUCAUAUAUGGAGAUAAUGGCUAUGGUUCAAAGAGGAGAGCGACCCUCCAACAUCAGAGAGAUAAAUGAUCAGCCUCCUAAUCCCAAUCAGCCCGUAUCAGAUCCUCGUCUAGCACCAAAACCCAAGCCUUGGGAGAUUGGUCAAUCUCAGAGUAGCACUACCAAUGGUUUCCAGUAUUUUGAGGAAAAUAGUAAUGGAGUUUACUCGGCUUCUCAAACUUCUCAGUCAAAUGUAGAUGGUUCAGUCCCUUGGUGGCAACAAAAGAAUGCUAGAAUCACCGAAAUUGAAACUGAAGAUAAAAGCAAGGCUGAAUCUGCAAUUCUAACUGAAAGGCCAGUUCAGCGAUCCUGGGUUCCACCUCAACCACCUCCUGUUGCGAUGGCCGAAGCAGCUGCCGCUAUUCGGCAGCCGAAAAGACCGCUGUCCCAGAGGGAACAGUUGACUGAUGAUCAGUUACUGAAUCGUUCUUCUGAAAUUUCUGAUGAUUUGCAGAGGAUUACGAAAAUCUCUGAAGCUGGCGGUGUAGAGAGAAACGGCGACAGCCCAAGUUUGCAGAGCGUAUCAAAGAAGAAAUUCAAACUUUGCCACGACGUCGUUUUUCUCCCCGGGAAAAUCUCACUCGCUCCCCCAGCAGCCAUGGACCUUGACCCUGAAGAUGUCUUCCGAGAUGAUGAAGAUGACCCAGACAACGAAUUCUACCUGGGAAAGGAUUCGACUAAAGAAUUGUUAGUUUAUUUAGUGGAUGCUUCCCCAAAGAUGUUCUCUGCUACUUGCCCUUCAGAAGAUCAAAAAGACAUGUCACUGUUUCAAGUGGCAAUCAGUUGCAUCACACAGUCACUGAAGACUCAAAUCAUUAAUAAAUCUUAUGAUGAAGUUGCAAUAUGCUUCUUCAAUACGAAAGAAAAAAAGAAUUUGCAAGACCUGAGUGGUGUUUAUGUAUUUAAUGUUGCUGAACGAGAGGAUUUAGACAGGAUAACUGCAAGGUUUAUCAAAGAAUUCGAGUCCCUUGAAGUAAAAUUUAGUUCUGAAAUUGGGAGCAAGUAUGGCAUCGUUCCUGGAUCUCGAGACAAUUCUCUUUAUAAUGCUCUUUGGGUUGCUCAAGCUCUGCUUCGCAAAGGUUCUGCAAAAACAACUGAUAAAAGAAUUCUUCUACUUACCAAUGAAGAUGAUCCUUUCAGUACUAUCAAAGGAGUAACAAAACUAGAUAUGAUGAGAACUACAAUUCAACGUGCAAAAGUAAUGAUGGAAUUCUCCCAUACAUGUGUAUCCUUUUGCAUUAAAUUAUCAAUAAGUAACAUUCUAAUGGUGGUGCAUUGUCUUUUGCAGGAUGCUCAAGAUCUUGGUAUUUCCAUCGAACUUCUCCCACUGAUGGGAAAAGAUCGUGAGUUUCAUGUGAAUCUGUUCUACGCUGAAUUACUUGGACUUGAAGGCGAUGAACUCACUCAGUUUACGGCCUUGGCUGGAGAGAGGUUUGAAGACAUGAAAGAACAAUUGAGAAAGCGUAUGUUCAAGAAACGGAAGAUUCGUCGACUUACUUUCAUUAUUGCCAACGGCAUUUCCAUAGAAGUAAACACUUACGCUUUGAUUCGCCCGACUAAUCCAGGGACAAUUACCUGGCUUGAUUCAGUAACCAACAUCCCAAUAAAGUCAGAUAGAUCCAUUAUCUGUACAGACACUGGUUCUUUGCUUCCGGACUCUGCGCAGCGUAUUCAGUCUUAUAAGAAUGAAGAUGUCAUGCUUUCAGUGGAUGAGGUUUCAGAAAUUAAAAGAGUCUCAACUGGCCAUCUUCGUCUUCUUGGUUUCAAGCCCUUGAGUUGCUUGAAAGAUUAUCACAACUUGAAGCCAUCAACAUUUAUUUUUCCCAGUGACGAGGAAGUUCUUGGAAGUACUUGUGUUUUUGUUGCUCUGCAUAGAUCCAUGUUGCAGCUUAAUCGCUUCGCUCUUGCCUUUUAUGGAGGUUCCACUAAUCCUAGGUUGGUCGCCUUGCUUGCACAAGAUGAAAUCAUCAGUAGUGGGGGACAAGUUGAGCCACCAGGGAUGCAUAUGAUACACCUUCCUUAUUCUGAUGACAUCAGACACAUUGAAGAUCUUCAUGUAGAAACAGAUGCUUUGGCACCUCGAACGACUGAUGAUCAGGCUCAAAAGGCCGCUGCUUUAGUACGGCGUGUAGACUUGAGAGACUUUUCAGUGUGCCAAUUUUCGAAUCCAGCAUUGCAGAGGCAUUAUGCUGUACUGCAGGCUCUAGCACUUGAUGAAGACGAGAUGCCUGAGGUCAAAGAUGAAACACUUCCUGAUGAAGAAGGCAUGGCCAGGCCAGGUAUUGUCAAAGCAUUGGAAGAAUUCAAGCUUUCAGUGUAUGGGGAAAACUAUGAAGAAACUGAUGUAGCAAGCAGUGGGAAAGUGACUGAGGCUUCUCGAAAACGGAAGGCAACUGCUGAGAACGCGAGCAAGGAGUCCGAGAAGUAUGAUUGGUCUGAACUUGCAGACAGUGGAAAGUUGAAGGAUUUGACCGUGGCCGAGCUGAAAUACUACUUGAAUGCAAACAACCUUCCAGUUACCGGGGCAAAAGCAGCGUUAGUAAGUAGGAUCCUGAAUCACAUGGGAAAAUGA